UAUCAAUCGAAAUUAAGGUUAACAAAUAACAAUGAGGCCUCAAACAGAGUUGUUUCAUGAUCAUGUCACCAUUAACAUAGACAAGAAACUCUCCGAACUACCCUAUGGCCACCAAGAGCCCUUCAUCUUCAAAGUCUUCGAUCGAUACCGAAAUCAGAAAGAUAAAGCGUACGAGCCAGAAUUGUUAGUCAUCGGACCCUAUAACCGUGGCAAGGAUAUCCUUAUCCACACCAUUGAAGAUCACAAACUUCGUUACCUUCACUUACUUCUUGAACGGCGAAGAGAAUCCAACGCUAAGAGGUACGUGGAAGCCAUUCGCGAAGUUGAGGAGAGGGCGAGGAGAUGCUACGCGACCGCUUUUGGACUAGAAACCGAUCAGUUCGUGGAGUUGUUGAUCCUUGACGGGCUCUUUAUAGUUGAGCUUUGUCGAAAGUUCUCAAAUAGGUCACUGGUGGACAAAUAUGAUGUGAUAUUCAAGAUGAAUUGGAUUCACCACGUUUUAUGGCGCGAUAUGAUGUUGUUCGAGAAUCAGAUCCCUUUUUUCGUGGUGGAUAAGCUGUUUCAAAUGACGAAAAACAACGAGGAAUCGGGAGAUGAUAACUGCCUGAUGAAACCCUCGGACCGCGUCGAACCCAAAAAUGUUAAACACAUUCUCGGUUUGAUUUACCACCUCACUACUCGGUCUAUUUCCGAGAAGCUUUCAACCGAAAGAAACCAUAUCAACGAAAAGGCACGAUGGGAAUUAAUCGACAACACGACAGAGUUACACAAGGCAGGGAUCCAAUUGAUAACUAAACCCAAUUGCCCAUCAUUCAACGUGAUAUUCUCAAAAGGGACGUUAGAAAUCCCACCCAUAAUAAUCGAGGAAAAGACAGAAGGGUUCUUGAGGAACUUAAUCGCGUACGAGCAGUGCCAAGAGGAAAAUAGUCCAAGGGUUAUAACCGACUUCACAACGUUGUUAUGUUGUUUGAUUAAGUCCUCAAACGACGUUGGAUUGCUAAGGAAAUACGGAAUUUUGAACAACCUGAUAGGGGAUGAUGAAUCAGCGUCGAGAGUGAUCAGCAGCCUGUCGAGUUCGGUGUUUGUUUCCCACGAUGGGUUCUGCUACAAAGAAGUGUUCAUUGGCGUGAACAAUUAUUACAAGAAGAGGCGAAAUGAAUGGGUUGCAAAUCUAUGGAAGAAUUACUUUAAGACACCAUGGACAACAAUUUCAUGUUUUGCUGCUCUUGUUCUUCUCCUCCUAACCUUUGGACAAACGUUAGCCGGACUUGUUCCUUUUCUAGGACUUGCCCAUCAUCCACCCUAA